AAGAGGGUACCGUCCAGAGGACAGAUCAAGGCGGCAGAACAUCUGACCCCUGUCCUUCCGCAGCUUGAGCAAGGGAAGGGCGGCCUUGAUUGGGCUCUCAAGCAUGACGGAGAGUACCCAGAGCUUUCCGACAUCCUCACACAGGGCGGUUCGAACGGGUAUAUAAUCACCACAGAUCAAGCAUGGAUGCCUAUUACAACAACCCGCGUCGUGAACAUCCCAGACAUAAUGUUUGAGCAGUAUAAUGCUACGAAAAUCCAGACACAUAUGGGUUUGUUUCCGGAGAUUCAACGAGCUUGGAUGACUGUCGACAACAAACUUUACCUUUGGAACUAUAUGAACGGAGAGGAUUUCCAAUCGUUUGAAGAUCAGGUUCAUGCCAUCACCUACGUGAAACUCGUCAAGCCGAAACCAGGGCUAUUUGUCGCUGGCAUUUCGCACCUUCUUGUCAUCGUGACAGCCAGUCAGAUUUCUCUUAUGGGUGUAUCGGCUGCUCAGAAAGGUGAAAUUACACUGUACGGGACCCAGAUGAAUGUUCAGAACAUAUCCGGAUCAAACAUCGUGUGUGUCGAGGGAACCAACGAUGGAAGAAUUUUCUUGGCUGGCUUAGAUGGAGAGCUCUACGAGUUGUCAUAUGACCACAGAGAAAAGUGGUUCUGGCAAUCUACGCAAGCUGUUUGUCGCACGAAGGGUUCGGCAAGUAGCGUGUUAUCAAUGUUCUCCGUUAGGGGAAUAUGGGGGGCAAAAGGUGACCCAGAAACAAUCGUACAGAUUGUCGUGGACGACUCAAGGUCCUUGAUUUACACGCUCGGAUCGAAGGCUACCAUCAGGGCCUAUCAUCUGGUACCGGACGGUGUAAACCUCAUGAUCAAUCACACGAGUGUUGAUCUGUCCAAGGGGGCAAAAAUGCUAGGCGUUCCCGCAUCCUAUCUCAGCGCGGAUCCGUCCAAAGAAGCAGUUCAGGUGGUUUCGAUCUGGCCUGUGGGGACUGAGCAAAGCAGAAUCCUUCACCUCGUGGCUGUUCUUUCCACAGGAUGCAGAUUAUACUUGGCCGCUACUAGCGGCAACAAUCUGGCCAGUUCAAGUCUGCCUCCCAACUCCAUGCAGGUGAGACAUGUACGAUACCCUCCAACUCAAAUCACCGGUACCGGUCCAAACCAGACUACUACAGCUCUGCUCUCGCCAACCACUCAAGCGCAUCUCUUCCCAUCUAACCUUUUCCUCGCGUUCGUUGGGAAAGAUAAAAUGUUUGCUUCGACCCCUAAUACCGGCAAGAUCGCGAUGAGCCAGCAAUAUGGUGCCGUACAGUUCACCGAGAAUGCUACGUGGGUACCGCUCGAGGGCGCAGUGCAUGACGUUGCCUUGAUUAACAAUGCGUCGUCAGCGGCAAAUGAUCUUGCAACACAGUUCUCCAUGCCAUUUCCAGAAAUUGCCGUUCUUACGAACAUGGGUGUUUACUUGCUGCGGAAGAUGAAGGCGGCGGAAAUCCUCGGGAACGUCAUCAAGCAUGGGUCGGCUUCGGCUCUAGGACUUGAGGGUGAAGUGAGAAAGUACUUCGAGAAUAUGACCCGAGAAGAGGGUUGCGCGAACAGUCUGGCAGUUGCGUGCGGCUAUGGCGGAACAUCAGAUGAUCCGAGUGCGUUCCGCAACAGUAUUUACAACAGCCCUGGUGCACGCUCUAGGCAAGGAGUUACGGAUGUUGUGGAAACAGCCCGUAAGUGCUUCAUCGAAUUUGGAGGACGUCCUGUUGCACAACCCGACGCCAACGGACAGUACUCCCUUGAUAAUGUGGCUCUUUCCGGUCGCUACUUUGGUCUGGCCAAGUAUAUGGCGAGGCUUCUGGUGCCUGUAUGGAAGAGGGGAUUCAUGAGGCAAGUUGUUGUCAGUCAACAUGGCCAACCAGGCAUGCUCACAUACGCGCAAGGCAUUCCAUCGUCAGUGCUGCAGCGCAUUCAGCGUGACUUGAUUAUCUUGGCUCAAUUCUUGGAGGAGAACCGCAAUUCCAUCGACGGACUUGCUGGUUCGGACAAGAUGAUGGGUAUCGGGUUGAACCGACCGGAGGAGUUGGCCUUGCAGGCGGAACAUCGCGCGAUGAAUUCUCUCACCAAGCUUCUUACGCAAGUUAUCGAGGGCAUCUCCUUCCUUUUGGUGCUCUUUGACAAGUCAAAUCAACUGCAUCCCAUUGUGAUGAACUUGAGCGAAGAACUUCGACAGCAGUGCUUGGGUUUGAGUCAUGAAUUACUCUUCAUCACUGUUCAGGGCAAGGAAGUUGUGAAAGAGCUUGUCACGCAGAUUGUGAACCAACAGAUCGGUGCAGGCCUCUCCGUCGAUGCUGUCAGCGAGACUUUGAGGAAGAAGUGUGGCAGUUUCUGCUCAGCCGACGACGUAUUGAUGUACAAGGCCAUCGAGCAGUUGCGUCGUGCGAAGCAGCAGGUUGAGGGUUCGGAAGACAGAUAUGAAUUGCUUCGCGAGAGUUUGAGGCUUUUCACGAAAACGGCGGGUUCAUUGUCGGUGGAUACCUUGAAGGAGGCUGUGGAUGAGUUCCAAACACUGAACUUCCAUGCUGGCGCAAUUGAACUAGCAUUGGAUGUUGCGAAGGCGUGCGAUCCCAACCAGCUAGCUUUCGGCUACCUUGCAGAUGGUAAGGCGGAGAUUGAUACCCGUGCUCCCUUCUACAGUAAGCGCAUGAGCUGUUAUUCCAUCGUCUUCAAUCUUCUCGAGGAUGUCGACAGCAGAGUACGGGAUGAGGCAACGGUGAGAAUGGCGUACGAGGUCACUUACAAUGCCAACGACGAGCUGCUCCACAGCGCGCUCUACGACUGGUAUCUGUCUAAGGGUCUUGGUGACCGACUUCUCGACUUGCAAACCGCGUACAUUGAGGCAUAUCUGGAGCGCAACAGCAAAGCGUCUCCCGAGCUCGCUGAUAUGCUUUGGCAGUAUUACGUACGUAGGGAGUCGUGGCUUCAAGCGACAAAGGUUUUAUCAGCCCUGGCUUCAGGAGAUUUCAAGAUCCCCCUGGAGCGUCGCAUCGAAUACUUGUCUCGCGCUCGUUUCCAUUCCAAUAUGCAGGUUCCGAUCCAUGAGAGGCAGGCUAUGGCCGAGAUUGCACAGACCGUUCAGGAAGAGCUGGAUGUUGCGCAAAUUCAGGCAGAGCUGGUCGGCACCAUCAAGGAUGACGAACGACCGGAGUCUCAGGUUAAGGCACGGAUGAUCGACCAUUUGGAUGGCAAACUGAGGCCAUUGAAUGAGUUGUUCAAUAAUUAUGCUGAUCCCCUUGGCUACGGUGAGGUCUGCCUUGCGAUCUUCCAGGCCGCGGAUUACCGCGUAUCACACGAGAUUACCGCAUGCUGGGAGAAGAUCAUCCAAAAGGAGCACGAGAGAUCAGUGGUCAAAGGCACAAUCCAGCCAUGGGAAGCUGUCUCUGAGGUCAUCCGUCGUCUUGGUCUUCGCUUCUCCCCAUCAGAGAGCAUAUUCGAGCCUGAGCACCUUGUUCCGAUGGUGGAAAAGUACUCUUUGGAGAAGCAGAAGGAUGUUGCACCAUCGGGCUGGGUGCCAAAGGCUUUCCUGUCUGCGCGUGUCCCGCCAGAGCAGCUGUUUUCGAUCUUGGACGAAAUGUACGAUCGAAAGGAGUACCCUUGGCAGGGCAAGGCAGCGUUGCUCAUUUUGGUCAGGGACAUAUUGGUCAUUUGCGAGCACUGGGUGAACGAGGCGUCCAAGUUAGGAACUAGAUUUGCGUACGAGAAAGUGCUCGCCGCACUGGCAGGGUAUGGCAAGACGGUGGAGGAUCGGGAGACUCGCCAGCGCUUGAGCGAGUUAGAGGCCGAGAUUAGGCGCAAGUUUUAGUUUAUGAAAAAGGACGAUACUCAAAGUUCAAUUAGAUUUAGCUAAUACGGUAGCAAGCUGUCGUGUGCACGGUCAGUGUCUUCAAUUGCGAGAUACAGUACUGGUAAUGUUGCCGUUUUCUUAUUUGACGCGGGUCCGGUUCUUCAGUUAAAAAGGUUUGAAAGAUGAUUUGCC